UAAUAAUUACCAGAUCAAUUCUGACUAGAAGAAUCUUAAUAAUCUAUUAUGACUCAAUACGUUUCGUCAAAACUGAAGCAACAAAAAAACAGAAGCGAGACGGUUGGAUCCAAAUCUCAUCUCAUCGCGAAGAAAUGUACGGCAAAACCAUAUGCAUCAUCGUCUUCUUCGUCUUCCUCAUUGCCUCCUACUCCAUCUACAUGGGCACCGUCGAUCCAACCCCUUACUUCACCCAGCUCCAGUCCCUCCCCCGCGGCAUCUCCUCCUCUCCCUGUAACUCCUCCACCAUCUCCCCACAACCUCUCCGCGUCUUCAUGUACGACCUCCCUCGAAAAUUCAACAUCGCGAUGAUGGAUCCUCACAUCUCAGACGUCGAGCCAAUCUCCGCCAAGAACCUCCCUCCCUGGCCCCAGACCUCCGGGAUCAAGCGCCAGCACAGCGUCGAGUACUGGCUCAUGGCCUCCCUUCUCCACAACGGCGAGGGAGAGAGAGAGGCGGUUAGGGUUUUUGAUCCGGAAUCGGCGGAUGCCUUCUACGUCCCUUUCUUCUCUUCCUUGAGCUUCAACACUCACGGCAAGAACAUGACCGAUCCGGAUACGGAGUUUGACCGGCUAUUGCAGGUUGACUUAAUGGAGUAUCUUGAGAAUUCUAACUACUGGCAACGCUCAGGUGGGAGAGACCACGUGAUUCCCAUGACGCAUCCUAAUGCCUUUAGAUUCUUGAGGCAGCAAGUGAACGCGUCGAUUCUUAUUGUUGCUGACUUUGGGCGUUACCCGAAGGAGAUGGCACGGUUAGAUAAAGAUGUGGUUUCUCCGUAUGUGCAUGUUGUUGAGUCCUUUAGAGAGGAUGGUGUUAGUGUUGGUGUUGGUGAUGGGGAUGAUGAUAGUACUCCGGAUCCCUUCGAGGCUCGGGGCACGCUUCUUUACUUCCGUGGGAAUACUGUUAGGAAGGCUGAAGGUAGAAUCCGUCUCAAGCUGGAGAAGUUGUUGGCUGGUAACUCUGAUGUUCAUUAUGAGAAGAGUGUAGCAACAACACAAAACAUCAAAGUGUCUACGGAAGGGAUGAGAUCAUCGAAGUUCUGUCUGCAUCCAGCUGGAGACACUCCGUCAUCAUGCCGACUAUUUGAUGCCAUUGUCAGCCACUGCAUCCCGGUCAUCAUAAGCGACAAGAUCGAGCUGCCGUUCGAAGAUGAGAUAGACUACUCGGAGUUCUCAGUGUUCUACUCUGUAAAAGAGGCGCUUGAACCAGGCUUCAUCCUCGACAAUUUACGGCAGUUUCCCAAGGAGAAAUGGUUGAAGAUGUGGGCAAACUUGAAGAACGUUUCUCAUCACUUCGAGUUUCAGUACCCGCCCAAGAGAGAAGACGCGGUUAACAUGUUGUGGAGACAGGUGAAACACAAGAUACCGAAUGUCAAGCUCGCUGUACAUAGAAACAGGAGGUUGAAAGUCCCUGAUUGGUGGCUCUGAAGAAUCUUCUCAAGAUCAAGCCUUAUCAUUUUCUUUCCUUCCAAUACUGUACAUUAGUUGAUUCUUUUGUUACCUUUUUGAGUUUCGUGACCCAUUUUUAUAGGCAUAUAUACUCUAAAAACAUCAUUUUUAUAACCAGAUAAUAAUUUUUAAAAAGGUUUGGGAUUAGAGAGUU